CUGGAUUCGUACUGUACAUGGAGAGUCCGGCCAGUUCCUGUGUUGACUCUGCUGGGAGCAAUCUGUAAAGGAACCAUUAACAGAAACAACCAGAUUCUGAAUAUUCCUGUGAAAUUGCAUCAAACCGAAUUUCUCGGACCUGAGCACCCACCCGCAGACAAGGCCCUGAAACCUCACCAUGACUACGUUUCGCUUUGGACAACAUGUAGUAAAAGCAUCAGCGGUAUUUCUUCAGAGCGAAUUGUCUUUCGCGCUAGUUAACAGAAAACCAGUGGUCCCUGGUCAUGUGUUGGUGUGCCCAAUCAGAUCAGUGGAGCGUUUUCGUGAUCUUCGACCAGAAGAGGUGGCUGACCUAUUCCAGACAACCCAAAGAGUGUCAGGCGUGGUUGAAAACCACUUCUGUGGCUCCUCACUGACUAUUGCUAUUCAGGAUGGCCCAGAGGCUGGACAAACUGUGAAGCAUGUGCAUGUCCAUGUACUGCCAAGAAAGUGUGGAGACUUUGAGAAAAACGACAGUCUGUAUGAUGAGCUCCAAGAGCAUGAUAAAGAAGCAGAAGACAUUCCUGCCAAGUGGAGAUCAGAAGAGGAAAUGGCAGCGGAAGCAGAUGCUCUGAGGAAAUAUUUUAACUAGAUUCCACCCCAGUAGGUUGAAGCUGAAAGCAUUAUACAGUGAAGAACUGUAUAGAAAUCGUACUACACCAUGCAUGAUUCAAAGCACAGUGUAUUUCAACAGUUUUCUUUGCUGGCUAUUAAAUGUCUAUUAAAAGACAUCUGAAUUUCACUCCUCGAACCAGUCACAAACUACUGAAUAUAUGUGUCCAAUUCAUUUCAAGAAAUGUUCCUUAUGAAAAAUCCCGGAGUUCAAAUUACCACACUCUAUACAUAGAAUAGAAAAGCAUGACAGCCCACUAAAUUGUUACAUUUAAAUAAUGUGGGUUUUUUUGUGUGUAUUUGUUUUUUUUUUGUUCCCCUGUAAAAUACAUUGUAAAAUGUAUAUUCUGAAACACGUGGAAUAUUUUUCCCACCUAAAAAUGUCAUAUUUUGAGUGAUAAAAAUUGAUAUUGUCUAGCUAUAUUUCUUCUGUAUAUGAAUAACAACAACCUUCAAAGUGAUAAAUUACAAUCAAAAUUUAAUAAUGACAAAUUACUGAAUGAUAGGACCUUUAUGUAGAAAUCAUGCUGUGCCUCUGCACUUCCAUAAAUCUUAACUAUCAAAAAUUGAACUUUUGAAAUACAAAUCUCUCACAUUUUUGUUUUUUUCAUCAAGAUGAAAUCUGUAUUUUUAAUCAUGUCAAGACAUCCUCCCAGUUUUGAGAACUGUUAAAUAUUGUAAUGUAGACACUAAUGCACCAUUCCUCUUUUGUUUGUAUUUGCCACCAGGGUAUUCAGAAAUCAGAAUUGGUGUGAUCCAGUUAUGCAAGAGCAGAAAACAUCAGCCAAGCUUCCUUUCCGUUGUAUGUGACAAAUAUAAAGGUGUUUGGUGUAACGUUUAUUAUACUUUAGGGUCCAUCAGAAUUGAGUUUCUGUCAUGUGACUGACAGUUUAUAUUUAAAGCUGUGCAGUUUUUUGUUCCUUGUGUUUUGUAACUGUCUGAAGUGAUUGGUGGCGACAGGUUGUUGUAAACUGGCUUAACAUUGGUUAAAACAAUAUUCUAAAACA